AUGCUCCUAAUUUCGGAUGAAUACGUUACAAAAGAGAAAGGAGGAAACCCUAGUGAGGAAAACACGCAUUUUAUUCUUAACAAAGUGGAAGAACAACCAGACACACCAGAAGGUAACAACAAAUUAACAACUGUGUUAAGAAUUAGCGAUUUCGAAUUCCCAACAGAGUACAAAAUGAUCAUCCUCAAAUCUGCAGAUGAGACAUACAAAAACUGUCUAACGAAUUGUCUAUCUAAGAUAUUUCGCAUACUAGGCUUCAGCACCUUUUUCGAAGAAUAUUUUUUUUUCUCCAGCAGGGAGUUGCUGUCCAAGGAUGUGUUCAUAUUGAACAGAGUUCUAAAAGAUACAAACAAAACGUACCAUGGAGGAAAUUUCAAAUUUUUGAUCAAUUUUUUCUACCCUUUACUUAUGCAUUUCAUCGAUUUGUACGAAAAGGAAGAAGAAUACAGCAUUAAGAAGAAGUGUUUUUUAAGUUAUAUAAAAAAUGUAUUGUUCCAUUUCUCGCGGGCAUUAAAUGACUGCAUCAAUUUGUACUACUUCAUGUCUACCAACAUGGAAGACUUAUACAUAUUAGUGACCAAGUUUACCAACUGUAACGAUUUCUACUUGCUGCCACUAUUUGUUAACUUUUUCGAAAAUUUUUAUUUGUCCACGCUGAAGGCGAACGGUCAAGGAGCGCAGUGGUUUCCCAACAGUGCAGAUUAUGACAAAGAGAGGAAAAAUAUUAAAUGCAAAUAUAGCCUCUUAAAUUUGAAGAAAAAUAAUUUCUUCUUAAAUCAUGUUUCGGACAAUUUGCUGAAAAUAUUUUUGCCAAGAUUUAUAUCCAUCGUGACGACUCAUUAUGAGCAGAAGUUUGCCAGCAUUGAUUUACAGUCAAGCGGAAAUAGGGCCAGUGUAUCCAUGGUUAUUGAAAGUUUUUCAAAUUUGCUACACGUUUCUUUACAUUUUUCUUCUAACGCAAAUUUGAGUGAAGUGUUAAAUCUCCUCGAACAAGUUAUCCUGAGGAACGAAAUUGAGAAGGAAAUUUAUUCCCUCAUUAGCAUAAUCAUUGUUCUGAAAAUUUUAACUCCAUUUCUUACCUAUGAGGAACUCACCCUCUGCUCUUUGUAUUAUCAGAAGUUGCUAAAUUUGGUGGACGAACUGGUCAGUAGGAAAAUGUCCAUAACGGGCUCAAUUAUCGGCUUGAGGGGGAAAAGGGCUGAUAGAGGAGGGGGUCGCCUCCAAGUGGAAAAACGUACAGGAGGAGGCAAUCAACAAUUGAGAAGCGCAGAACAGAGUUGUUCCGUCAACCCCAUCAGUGUACAUACAAAUGCACAGUUUGAACUGCCAACCCAGGUGAAUGGAGAAAUGUGCGCAACUGAAAUGGGUAGUCAGAAUGUCUCUGUGGCGCUGAGCAAUAAUGGAAACCAUGGCAACUUGGUGGAGAUUAACCCCGUUAGCGCUCCCUUUGACAACGUGCCCCAGGUGAAGACUACCCACUGUGAAGACACCCUCCCCCCUGCGCGUAGCAAACCCAGAAGAAAUCCCAAGAACAGCACGCGAAGGGGAAAUAAGGACAAAAAUGGUAUCGACAAGAAGGGAAAAAUUAAAGGUCUCAUUAAGAAGGAAAAGCGAAAAAACAAUUCAGCAAAAAAGGAAAAGGCAAGAAGAACAAAAAUUACGAAAGAGUUAAAAAUGGACAUCGAAAAGUACAAAUUUGUGAGGAUCCUCAUAUAUGACAAUGUUGCAGCGCUGUUUAAAUAUUUCGGUAAUAUAUUUUCAAAAAAAAAUAGCUUCACUGGUGGGGUCAGCAGAAAUAUCGGCUGCACAGCCAAUGGGACAUGCGAAACUGUACCAAAUGGCAUGCACCACAUGACCAAAAACGAGAUGCUCAUUCUUAGUAACAUAUAUAUGGACGGCAGAGUGGUUCAGAGCAAACUCCCCGCCAUGAUGACCAAGGAAAAUAUCCUUCCGUUUUUCGACAACCUGGACAAUUAUAAUAUAAAUAAAUAUAUUAAAAAGUUUUACGUGUACUUAAAUGGCCUGACGUUUUAUCUAAAAGUAGGGAAACAUCUCGAUAGGGAUUACUGCCACGAAUUAUUUUUUGAAAUUCUGCCCCUCAUAAUGAAGGCCUUAUUUUAUAUCAACAAAAAGUUUACCACAAAGUUGAGGAGAAAUAGCCUAUUCGAACACAUAAUCCAGUUAGGGUCAUCAAAUUUGAAAACAUUAUUUCUGCACGUGACGCCGGGGUUGUUGGUGGAAGAAGCGAGUUGCAAGAAGAUAGCUAUCUACCUUCUCUACUUGCUUGUAAGAAGGUACAAAAUUGAGUAUGGGGACCAGGUGCAGUUAUUCAGUGUCUGUGUGGCCCUAUCAAAUAGUAGUGAGAAGAACCUGUUAAAAAUUUUCGUAAAAUUUUUGCUAACAUGUGUGCAACACUUUAGAAAAGACGUUGUCUUAGGGAACAUGACAGAGCUCAUGAAUCUUCUUAAUACCAUUGCACAAAUGAAGAGAGGAGUUAACUACCUCGUUGAGAAAUUUUUAUACAGAUUAUACCAUUUUGUAAGCGAAUCCGAGCAAGGAAAUGAACAGAAGGAGAAACCAUACGAUGUAAUUAUGACGUAUUUGUCCAAGGCGAAUAGGAAAAUAUUCAACAAAAUGGUACAGAAGAAAGGGCUCCUCCACGGUAGUGGAAAUAGGAGCGAUAGAAGCAAUGAUGAUGAUGAUGGUGCUGCUUUGGGGGGUGAUGUGCGUGGAAGGGGAAUGUCUCACCAUAAGAGAAGGGACAAUCUGAAAAGCAAAAGUGCUCACACAGCUGCGACCUCUUCAGACGAAGGGUCGUCCGUCAUGUCUUAUGCCAUGUCGGAAGAUGAUGCGCUGUCCGAAUCGAGCGGAGCAAGUACCUACAACGAUGGUGCGCAUGAGCAGGGAGCGACGCUGCAUAACAAAGGAAGAAACAAACGCGGUAAAAAAAAUGCGAACCAAACGAACAGGCGUAAUAUGAAGGAAAAAAAUCAGAACCGCAGUUUAACCACCUUUUUCGAUAAUUUAAAAAGCAUGCGAGGACAGAAGGAGACGAGCUAUAUCAAAACCGCCCUAGACAACAUAUUGCAGAGCCAUAAUAAAAUAAAAAAAAAAAACAGAAAGGGAAAGGGAAACAGGAAGAGACCAAUGUCAAAAUUAACAGAAAU